UUUUUUAAGAUCUGAGGACCAAGUUUGGAUCUCAUUUGUAAGAACUCAUAAAUCAUAAUGUGAGUUGUGAGGGUGGAUAUAUUUGUAUUUAGCUUGAGAGAGAGAGAGAGAGAGAGAGAGGGCUUGCUUCUGUGGUUUCAAUCCAUGUAUUGAUUUUGAGAAAUAUGCAGGAUCCAGUGAGUUGUUUGUGUUCUUGCAUUCAAAGCUAUGUUACGCGUCAGGACAUUAGCUAUGUGUUCCGAACCAAAGAGAAAAUUGAUGAUUUGAAGAACACCAUGAAAAAUCUCAUGGCCACGAAGGAGGAUGUUCAGAGAAAGCUUGAUGAUCCUCAAGAAAGGGGGAAACUACUCGAUAAUCAACAUCAAGUUAAAGACUGGCUUCGCGAUGUUGGAGAAAAGGAUAACAAGGUAGAACGAUUAUUGGAUGAAUAUGGCAAAGGUAAUUGUGUUCCAGCAGGCUCUUGUUCUCUAAAUUGUUUUUCAAGGUAUAAGAUUGGCAGGAAUGCAUUCAAAUUGAAAGAGGAGAUAACUCAGUUGACAACAAAACAGCCAGAAAUCAAAUUUUCCGACAUACCACCACCGAAACCAGUCUCUGAAUCAUAUAAAACAGUGGGGAAAGAAAUCAGCUCCAACGUUGAUAUUGCUCGCAGUUAUCUGGCAGAUGAAACAGUAGGUAUAAUUGGCAUAUGGGGCAUGGGGGGUGUAGGCAAGACCACACUCUUGAAAAAAAUCAGGCAGUCAUUGUCAGGUGAUGCAAACAUGGGAUUUGAUCAUGUGUUAUUUAUCGAAGCUUCAAAAGUUAUUCUGCUGGAAGAACUUCGAAAACAGAUUGCUAAAUUCUUGCAAUUGGAGCCUUCUGCUGGUAAAGAAGACAUCUUCAAUGUUUUAAAAAUUAGCAACUUUGUAUUGCUCUUGGAUAAUAUAUGGGAAGAAGUAGGUCUCAUUGAUCUUGGAAUUCCCCAUCCUUAUAGCGAAGAUAACUCCACCAAACAAUACAAACAUAAAGUGAUUUUCACUACUCGAUCUGAAGAUGUGUGUGCUCGGAUGGAAGCAAGCAAAAAGAUUAAAGUGGAAUGCUUGGAACCAGAUGAAGCAUGGGCUCUUUUCAAGCAAAAUGUUAAUCUAGAUGUUAUUGAGUCAGAUGAAAAGUUCAAAAAAAUAGCAAGGCAGGUGAUGAGAAAGUGUGGUGGUUUGCCACUUGCUCUGAAAGUGGUUGGUAAGGCCAUGUCAAACAAAAAAACUGUCCAAAAUUGGGAAGUUGUUUUGAACUCAGAUACUGAAGUAGUUCAAGAUGUGCAGGAAUCAUUACUUAGGCUUUUGAAAUUCAGUUAUGAUCAUCUACCUGAUAUUAUGAAUAUCAAGGAGUGUUUCUUGUCUGCUUCCAUGUUGAGAUGGUCAUCUAAAGAUGUUCUGUUAGAAUGUUGGAUGGGUUUAGGCCUGAUGGGUGAUUUAGUCAAUUUACAACUAGCUUAUGGCAAAGCAACAUAUAUUUUUAACAUUCUAGAGGGAUCCGGUUUAUUGCAUUUUUCUGAUGAAGGUGAUAUGCACUUACAUGAUGUAAUUUAUGAGAUGGCAUUGUGGAUAGCAUCAGACUGUGGGAGGAAUAGAAAUAAAUGGAUAGUGAAAACGUUCGAAGUUAAGACAGCAUCAAUCAAUGCGGAGAAUUGGAGAUUCGCGAACAGAGUCUUUAUAAGUGGCGAGGUGGAGCUUUCUUUGCCAAUUUGUCUCAUCAGUGUUCUGAUUUGUUGUGUUUAG